CAUGAUUUUCUCCAUCAGGAUAAAAGCACUGUGCUCACGUUUCGUAUACACUGUCUGUACGGCCGAGCCAGUAGACUGCUAACUUCUCACCGCGGGUACACACAACGCUACACGGACGGAGAGAGGCAAGGAGUGCUAAAUAAAUCGUGGCGUCUUUGCAGCAUGUUGGGCAACAGAAAGAAAGCAGCCUCACAGGUGAAGAACGGAGCCGGGGCGUCCGAGUUAAAGGCCAUUGACCCCCUGCGGAAUCUGGGAGUGCAGAAUGAUGAAGAUGUGAGGCAGAUGCUGCACGGCUCCAGUAUGGUGAAGGUCCGCUCACCUCGCUGGCAGAAACAACGGACUUUGAAGUUGCUAGAAGAUGGUGUCACUGUCUGGUGUCAGUCAUACAAAACAUCCAGCCGGGCGAAGGAGCAACAGUCCUUCUCCAUCAUGGAUGUAGAGUGUGUGCGCGAAGGUUGCCAGUCAGAGACACUGCGGCAGAUGGUUGGCUCAGUACCUGAAAGCCACUGCUUAACAGUGGUUUUCAAAGGGCCUCGCAAAAGCCUGGACCUCCUGUGUCAGAGCCAGGAAGAGGCUCAGUGCUGGGCCCGCGGCAUCCGUACCCUGCAGGAGAGGAUAGGCAACAUGACCCAGAAGGAGAAACUUGACCACUGGAUUCAUGCUUAUUUGAGUCGGGCUGACCAAAACCACGAUGACAAGAUGAGCUAUGAUGAGGUUCAGACGCUGCUGCAGAUGAUCAAUAUUGACCUGAGUGACCAGUAUGCUCGCAGCCUCUUCCAGAAAUGUGACCGGUCAGCUGAUGGACGUCUGGAUCACGGAGAGAUUGAAGUUUUCUGUAGGGAGUUGUUGCGGAGACCAGAGCUGGACAUCAUAUUUAUCCGCUAUUCUGCAAAUGGCUGUGUGCUUUCGACUGUGGACCUGAGGGAUUUCUUGAAGGACCAGGGGGAGGAUGCCUCACUCAUUCAUGCCCAAAGCCUCAUACUCACCUAUGAACUUAAUGAGUGGGCCCGGAAGAAUAGUUUCAUGACCCCCAAUGGUUUCACCAUGUACAUGCUGUCAAAGGAGAACUGUGUGUUUAACCCGGAACAUGCUAGAGUUUACCAAGACAUGACGCACCCACUGGCACACUACUUCAUCUCGUCAUCCCACAACACCUACCUCACUAAGGACCAGCUGACUGGGGACAGCAGCACAGAGCCAUACAUACGAGCACUGAAACAUGGUUGUCGCUGUGUGGAGCUGGACUGUUGGGAUGGAGAUAAAGGAGAACCAAUUAUAUAUCACGGACACACACUUACCUCCAAAGUGCCUUUUGUUGAAGUGAUUGAGACUAUCAAUGAGUAUGCUUUUAAAUCCUCUCCCUACCCUCUAAUUCUGUCUGUGGAGAACCACUGCUCUGUGGAGCAACAGAAAGUAAUGGCUAGACUGCUGCACUCCAUCCUGAGAGACAAGCUUCUAACAAAGCCCCUUGAAGGCCUGGAUUCUCGCAGUUUGCCUUCUCCAGAGGAUCUUAAAGGUAAAAUCCUGGUGAAGGGGAAGAAGGAGAAGUUGGAGGAAUGCUCAUCCAGUUCUUCAGACCUCAGUUCCUCAGAUGAGGAAGCAGAUGGCAAACCGAGAACAAAGAAGGAGUCUAAAAAGGCAGGUGUCUCCAAGCUGAGCCCAGAGCUGUCAGAGCUGGUUGUGUACACUCUCAGUGUUCCCUUUACAAGUUUCGAACAAGCUGCCAAAAGCCCAGCAACUAACAUGUCAUCUUUCUCUGAAACGGAUGCACUCAGGCAUAUUAAGGACUCAGGGAUGCAUUUUGUCCGUCACAACAGUCACCAGCUUAGUAGGAUCUACCCCUCAGGCCAGCGCCUCCAUUCCUCCAAUUAUAACCCCCAGGAGAUGUGGAAUGGAGGCUGUCAAAUUGUUGCUCUGAACUUCCAGACACCUGGUGAGCAGAUGGAUUUGAACCAAGGCAGGUUCUCGCAGAAUGGUGGGUGUGGGUACAUCCUGAAGCCUGCCUUCAUGUGUGAGUCUGACAGUACCUUCAACCCUGAGAAUGUGGGAGGAGGCCCUGGCCACAGACCUGUCAUGCUCACUGUUCGGGUCAUUUCAGCUCAGCAGUUGCCUAAACCAGAAUGGGACAAGCCCAGUUCCAUUGUGGACCCUCAAGUGUGGGUGGAAAUCCACGGCGCUCCUAUUGACAACAAUAAGAAGAAAACGCAUCAUGUUGACAACAAUGGCUUUAAUCCACGGUGGGACUGCACAUUUAAUUUUACUGUCCAUGUCCCUGAUUUGGCUCUGGUGCGUUUUUUGGUGGAGGAUCAUGACUAUACCUCAAGAAAUGACUUCCUUGGACAAUACACUCUCCCUUUCACCAGUGUCCGCACAGGUUAUCGUCAUAUACGACUGCUCAAGAUGGAUGGUUCAAGCCUUUCACCUGCAUCGAUCUUUAUACAUGUUAAGGUCACUUCCUGUCAGAGUUUUUCUAAAGUUUCAGCUAAAUCACCGACACACUCUCCAACCAAGAAAACCUAAUCCCAUUUCUUCCACACAGCCACGUGAACAUUCUGUGGUAGCUGAUGGGACAAAAGUCAGUGGUUACAGCCUUUUCUUACAGAUAUUGCUGCAGUAUCUAAAGCUGAUCAGCAUUUUUAAAUGACAGGACUGUGUGUAGCAAAUCUAACAAGUAUUUCAGACUUGUUAAGACAGAAACAGUGUUGUGCUAUGCUUAAAGUUAAGUACAUAAUGAUACAGAUGUUGUGAUGGUGGUUGGUCAGAUAACUACUCGCCAAGCCUAGUCACUCUUAUUGGAUAACCUCAAGUUAUAAUUCCCUGUUAUUACAAGGUACUCAAGCUAAGCUAAGGACUACAAACAGAAUACUGUAUUAAUUUAUCAAUCAUGACCCAAAGUUUGUUGCUAGAUUUUGUACCUUUUUUAUAUGACUUCCAUGUAACCCAAACCAAUGUUAGUUCCAAGUCUGUUGCACAAAGGACUUUUUAAAAUUCAUAUUAGUCAACUUAAGUGUUUAUUUUAUCUGAAUCAUUUAAAAAAUGCCUCAUUCACAGAAAGCUUCCCAAGUACUUUAACCUCUUAACAUCCACUAUGUCAUCAGUGAACCACUUAGAAGAAGGAUUGUGGUCAGAGCCUGUUAAAUACAAAAUUGAAUUUAAAAUCCUUCUUCUUAAAUAUAACGCCUUGAAUAAGUUGGCUAAGUUUGGCUGAUCACGGGUUGAACACAAAAUCUGCUUGCAUCACCACAAUCAAUCUCAGGGUUCCCAGACCUGUCGAAUCCCACUUCAACACAUGACUAUAUUGAGUUAUCUACAUCUAAGUCACCUAUCUUCAAUGCAGGGAAAAGCGAAUAAAGCUAAUGUUAUCCCAGCUGUCAUAGGACAAGAGGACAGGUACACCCUUGACAACUCGCCAGUCUGUCGCAGGGCUAACACAGAAAGACGCACAGCUGUUCGCGCUCACAUUCACACCUAUGGGCAAUUUAGAAUCACCAAAUAACCUAACCCCACUAAUUGCAUGUCUUUGGACUGUAGAGAGAAUCUACGCAGACACGGAGAAUGUGCAAACUCCACACAGAAAGGCCCCUGGUUCAAACUCAGGACCUUCUUGCUGUGAGGCAAAAGUGCUAACCACCACGCCACUGUGUUACGAUUCAUAUUCUGUUGUAUUGAUAUUAGAAUCUCAUGAGGUUGAUUUAGGUUGACAAAAAAAUAGCUGAUAGAAAUAUCAACCAAAAAGCUACUUUUUACUUCUACAUUUUGAAGAACCUGUGCUUUUUCACUUUUAAAUAAAGAAGUUGGAUCAAUUCUUCAACUUUUAUACAUAAGCAUCUGCACUUUUACUUAAGUGACAAAUGUGUGUACUUUUGCCACCUCUAGUUGGGGUUAGGUUACCUUUAACUCCAAGCUAAACAAGCAUAGUUUCAGGAACUAGAAGAUGUUACCUUUAAAAUAAACUCUGUAUGGUUUGGGUGUAUCAAAUAGGCAAAAAUUCUAUAUAGAGGUGUAGAUAUGAAUCUAACCCUAACCUGCUUAAUCAGGUAACAUAGUGGAUGUUAAGACAUUAUUUUCUGAGACUUAAAUGCACCAUAAAUUAUCCUUUAAUCAUAAUGGAUACAUUCAGUUGCUCUUUAUUUCUGUGGGACCUACUGGUCAUGAAGUAAUCCAUUGUAAUGUGAUUCUACUGUAAAAGACCAUAGAUCAGCAUGCUCAAUACAUGAUCCAAGAUGUCGGCACCUCUCAAAGCCUGGUUGUGUCAGGGGUCUCUUCCUCUUCAUAGGCAAUUGAAAUUCUUUGACCUUAGAAUAUAAAGCACCUUGAGGUGACUAUUGUUGUAUGGUUUUUUUUGAAUAAAGAACACUGAGUUAUCAUGUUCUCUGUACAGUUGAAUCACAUAAAGGAUAAUUUCAUAACCAAGAAGAGAAAGAACUAGAAGCACUCAGAGAGCGCAAACCUGCGCCAAGGCCAUAGGGUCACUGACGCUGUAAUACAUGUAUCUAAAUACUGUGAAAUAAUCUUUCAUCUUUCCCAGACAACAAU